AAUUUAGUUCCUAUUUUACCCUCCGGUCACCUUUCAAUCAUCUUCUGGGACCAUCCUUUAUUAAGGCGUCUGACAAAGUAGCAUCUUCUUCAGGUACACCAUCUUCACUCCUUUCCGAAUCAUUGUUCCCAACAAUGGACGCCAUUUCUUCCCCUUUCCUCUCCGGCGGAAACCUCCUCCUCUCUACGCCGAUCUCCAAGUCCAGGACCGCCGUUUCGACCGCGAUAUGCUCUGUACUCGCCGAAGAAACCCCAAGAACCGUUAAAAAACCCGCCUCCCGACCAGAUGCUGAUUUUCCAUCGCCGUCUUUGUCCCAGCGAGCUACUCCCCCUCCGGCGGUGGCGAAGGGCUCUUCCGCCAGACGUGUCGAGCCAUCUGUACCGGCGAGCAUCUUCAAUGCCUUUGAUGACUUGAUCAACAACUUCAUAAACCCGCCGGCGAAUCCGUCGACGGAUCCACGAUACGUCCUUGCUGACAACUUUGCUCCCGUCGACGAGCUUCCACCGACGGAGUGUGAUGUCAUUCAAGGUUCGUUGCCUUCAUCUCUCAAUGGUGCGUAUAUUCGUAACGGCCCGAACCCUCAAUACCUUCCCCGUGGGCCCUACCACUUGUUCGACGGCGAUGGUAUGCUUCACUCUCUUCGAAUCUCCAACGGCCGUGCCGUUCUGUGCAGCCGUUAUGUGAAAACGUACAAGUACACUUUGGAGCGUGACGCUGGACAUCCUNUCCCCAACGUAUUCUCCGGCUUCAAUGGCCUCAUCGCCUCCGCCGCACGCGGCGCCGUUACCGCCGGUCGGAUGUUUACCGGCCAAUUUAAUCGCAAUGGGAUUGGUCUUGCAAACACUAGUUUGGCCUUCUUCGGUGAUCGUCUUUACGCCCUAGGUGAGUCCGAUUUACCGUAUCCAAUUCGAUUGACUCCAAACGGCGACAUUGAAACUCUCGGCCGCCAUGAUUUUGACGGAAAGCUUUCCAUGAGUAUGACUGCUCAUCCAAAAAUCGAUUACGAUACGGGUGAGGCAUUUGCGUUUCGGUAUGGUCCUCUGCCUCCGUUCUUAACCUUCUUUCGAUUCGACAAGAACGGAGCCAAACAGCCGGAUCCCGAUGUGCCGAUAUUUUCGAUGAAUCGACCUUCGUUCCUGCACGAUUUUGCAAUUACUAAAAAGUACGCUGUAUUUACAGAGAUUCAGAUCGGAUUUAACCCUAUGCAAAUGAUAGUAGAAGGACGCUCUCCAGUUGGAGCAGAUCCUUCAAAAAUUUCAAGAAUAGGACUAAUUCCACGAUACGCUAACGACGAAUCGAAGAUGAAGUGGUUUGAUGUACCUGGAGUUAACCUGGUUCACGCCAUUAACGCUUGGGAUGAAGAUGACGCUGUGAUUCUGGUGGCGCCGAACAUUCUUUCCGUCGAACACACGAUGGAGAGGAUGGAUCUGGUUCACGCCUUGGUGGAGAAAAUCAGAAUCGACCUAAAAACAGGGAUAAUAACGCGGCGGCCAUUGUCGACCAGAAACCUAGACUUCGGAGUGAUAAAUCCGCUAUACGUCGGGAAGAAGAAUAGGUUCGUUUACGCCGGCGUUGGAGAUCCGAUGCCGAAGAUUUCGGGAGUUGUGAAGCUCGACGUGUCUCAGGAAGAACGCCGAGACUGUAUCGUCGCGACUAGGCUUUUCGGACCUAAUUGCUACGGCGGAGAGCCGUUUUUCGUGCCGAGGGAAAGGGAAAAUUCCGACGAAACGGCGGCGGAGGAGGACGACGGAUAUGUCGUCUCGUACGUCCACGAUGAAAACUCGGGCGACUCAAGGUUCGUAGUCAUGGACGCAAAGUCCCCGGAACUCGAGAUUAUCGCCACCGUGAAGCUGCCGCGGCGUGUCCCUUACGGCUUUCACGGCUUGUUUGUGAAAGAAAGUGACCUCUCUAAGCUAUAAAACGGAAGGUAUCUAAUUAGAUAAACACACGAAAUUUUAGGCCGAACCGGACUUUCGAACCAGACCGCUCGAGCCGGUUCUCCCUUGUUUUAUACAUAUAAAAAAAUAGAAAAAAAAGGGUAUUAAUAAAUCAUAUGCUCGACCCA